CGAGACUCUCCUCCGGUUAAACAAGAGUAACAGAAGGGAGGAAAGUUAGUCAAGAUGGCAAAACACACAGAUCCGGAGUGAAGGGGCACCGCUCCCCACAAUUUUGAAAUCUGUUGCGCCCCGUUCAGCGAUCAGCACCACCGAUGAAACUGUGCCUAGAAAUCGAAGGUGUUCCCCGUGGGAAAUGACAACAGAAACGUUGGCUUGACACCCUAAGCAAAGAGGAAAGUUGAGGCUCCCUGCACAAAAUAAACAGUACCUAUAGUGGAAGUACAUCAAGGAGAACAUUUUGCCACGCUGACUUAUUAAUCACACAGGAAAAAAAAGACACCACUGAAGAAGAGAAGAUGAUAUGGCACUUCAAUAUUCUGUAACAACAAAAAAAACUCCCUCAUGCAAAAAACAUUGCUGGUCCAGCGAGGCAUAAGAGAGCAGAAGGACAGAAUCAAGCUUGCUUAUGGUUUUGAGCGGAGGUCGCACUACAGCAUUGAAAUAUUAAUACUUCCCACGCGACACCAGCGUCCACCAUCCAAAGGUUUCUAGUCCCGCGGUGCCCAUCCUCCAGAUCAUGAUGUUUCGCGACCAGGUGGGAGUCCUGGCCAGCUGGUUCAAGGGGUGGAAUGAGUGUGAGCAAACGGUGGCUCUGCUUUCUCUGCUGAAGCGUGUCAGUCGGACCCAGGCCCGCUUCCUGCAGCUCUGUCUGGAGCAUUCCCUGGCCGAGUGCACAGAGCUGCAUGUGUUGGAAGGGGAGGCCAACAAUCCGGUGGUCAUCAGCCAAUGGCAAGGUGAGCCCAAGGAGCGGGUGAUCUCCCUGGUUCUCACCCACCUGCCGCUGCUGAAGCCCGGGAACGUCGACGCCAAGGGGGAGUACAUGCGCCUCCUCCCCAAAAUACUGGCGCACACCAUCGAGCACGGGCGGCACCUGGAGGAGAGCCGGCAGCUGCUGUCCUACGCCCUGAUCCACCCCGCCACCUCGCUGGACGACCGGGCGGCCCUCGCCCUGUGGCUCAACCACCUGGAGGAGCGAGCGGCGGCUCGCGGAGGGGGCGACUCGCUGGAGCGGGCGCCCACGCCCCACCACCAGCACCCCCACCUGUACCCCCACCACCAGCGCUACGGCUCCGACGACCGGCUCAACGGCUGGCAGAGCUCCCGGGACUCGGGCCUGGGCGGGUGGCACCCCCAGCAGGGCUGCGAGAACGGGCACCUCUCCCUCUACCCCUCCUCCUCCGUCCCCUCCACCAUCAACACCGUGGGCACUGGGAGCGGGACCAACACAAUCCUGUCCGGCGGGCAGCACAGUCCCCUGAAGCGCUCGGUUUCCCUGACGCCCCCGAUGAGCGGCUCCACCAGCCAACCCCUGGGCCACGGCUGGCUGUCCCAGGAGGACCUGCGGGUGCGCGGGCCGGCCCCCGACCACGCGCCCCUCUCCCCGCAGAGCAGCGUGGCGUCCUCGGGCAGCGGGGGCAGUGAGCACCUGGAGGAGGGCCCCGGGCCCGGCAGCGGGGUGCACCGCAGCACAUUCCAUGAGGAGGGCAGCGGCAUGAGGGAUGUACCAGCAUGGUUGAAAAGUCUCCGCCUCCACAAGUACGCAGCCCUCUUUUCAACCAUGACCUACGACGAGAUGAUGUCACUGACAGAACAGCAGCUGGAGUCCCAGAACGUCACCAAAGGUGCCAGGCACAAGAUCGUCAUCAGCAUCCAGAAGCUGAAGGAGAGGCAGAACAUGCUGCGCUGCUUAGAGAAGGACGUUCUGGAAGGGGGUAAUUUGCGCACGCCGCUACAAGAGCUUCACCAGAUGAUCCUGACGCCCAUUAAGGCUUGUAGUAGUGAAGAGUCAGGACAGCGCCCCCUGCUGACGAGCGACGGGAAAGUUCCGAGCUCACACAUGGGAGAGGCGGAGUCGGGGACAGCGGUCAUCACUGAGGGGGAUAUCCCUGCUCAGUUCACUCGCGUCAUGGGCAAAGUUUGCACACAGCUCUUAGUCUCCAGGCCUGAUGAAGAGAACAUUAGCUCUUACCUGCAGCUCAUCGAUAAGUGCCUGAUCCAUGAGGCUUUCACAGAGACACAGAAGAAGCGGCUGUUGUCAUGGAAACAGCAGGUGCAGAAGCUGUUCCGUUCGUUUCCACGGAAAACCCUCUUAGACAUGGCAGGAUACCGGCAGCCGAGAAGAAGUGGUUUUGGCCAGUCCAACUCCCUCCCAACCGCAGGUUGCGUCGGGGGCGGGGUGUCGGCCCGGAGGAACCUGCGCCCGUUCCAGAUGCCAUCGCGGAGUCUGCCUGGCGCGAGACUCGGGCUCCUGGGCACCGCGGGGCUGCUGGGACCAACGCCACGCAGCACCAGCAGCACCCCGACGGGCCUCAAGCAGGGCAGACAGGGCCUGUGGUUUGCUAACCCCGGGGGCAGCAACAGCAUGCCGAGCCGGACUCACAGCUCCGUGCAGAGAACCCGCUCGCUGCCUGUCCACACCACGCCACAGACCAUGGUUAUGUUCCAGCAGACAGACUUACAGGUGGCCGUGACUGAACCAGACAUCAACAAUCGUCUUGAGUCUCUGUGUCUGAGUAUGACAGAGCAUGCUUUGGGAGACGGGGUUGACCGGACAUCGACGAUCUGAGCCUGGACAGGGGCGGCCCGGGGAGGAAAACGCUGGCCAGGAGACUAGGGGAAGGGUCACCCCGAGGUCACAAGGGUCUGCCCACCUGCCUCUCUGCUUCCGAGCAGCCAAGAGAAGUAGCGAGGGGGUGGUGGGUCCAAAAAAAAAAAAACACUUUUCGCCAUUUCACAAAAGGCUCCACAUUGGCACGUUUUGUCACUAUGUAACACUCGUCCGCUACUUUUUUGUGAAUGAAACAAAAAACACAAAAAAUGGCAUGUUUACAAGUAUCAGGGGUUUCUUGAAAAAGAAAAAAAAGACAAAAUAUGUUAAAACAAAAAGGUCCUCACUGUAAAACAAGACUGUGUUUGGUGAAAAAAAAAAAAAAAAAAACCAAAACUACAGAUUCACAAAGAAAAGCCUCCUUCCAAAGAGAGAGCUUUUACAGGGUCUUUGUGGAUGUGACGCUGAGGUCCUGCGGAGCGGUGGGCCCUCCUCUGGCCAAGCGGGAGAGGGCGCGGAGACUGCGGCGAGGCCCUCGGUCCGAGGGCAGCAGCCCGUCCCGGCCCGCGCCUCACACGCCAGUCACGUCGAAAAAGGAGCCAACCUCUCAUCCAAAAAAAACCAACACACAAACAAACAGACAAAUUCCACAGAAGCGCUUAGUUUGUUUGGUUUGUUGACUGUUCAUUCGUUUUUUUUUGUCGAGGAAGGACAGAUUCAGAGAAACUUUGCUUUUGUACAAAGGAUGGGCAAAGCAGUAAUAUAUGUAUGUAUUGUUUACAUAAGAUGCUACUAUUGAGGGUACCGAAACAUUUAUAAAUUUCAGGUAUGAAUGUUAUGUUUUCUAAGCAAUGGCAUAGUAAAUGCUCAUAGUUUUAUUUCCUACAGUAGUUUAUCAACAUAGUUUACAUUUAUUUUUGCCUACCAGCAGAGAAGCUGAGAGUAAAAAAAAAGUGUCAUGUUGCGGGGAUGAAGCGGAAGUGAGUCAAAGAAGGCAGAGAGAGAUCAGGAGGAAGGAGAGAGGAAAUGGGAAGUGAGAUGCGUACAGGGUCUGUGAAAAGGACGUGGAAGGAGGAGAGGAUGUCGGGUUUAUAUUUUUAUCUGAAAAAAGGGACUUUGAUGUGUUCGCCAUCAGCAUGUUUCAGUUCCGGAGUCAGGAGGGGAGGAUGUAAGUCAUCUCGGGACAAAUAGGUAAGCUAGUGGCAGGUGUACGUCGUAAAAAAGAUUGAAGAUCUGUAUUUUCAAUCCUGAAAUGCUUUUGCUUUUUCCCCUUAAUUGCUUUAAUUAUAAAUAUCUGCUGUAUAUUUGCAAAAGCCAUGAUGGGAUAUUUUUUGUGAUUAUUGUACCCAUUUGCUGUGGUGAUGACAGUGAUGCACAUUCUGUGGUAAGGUUAUGUGAUCUUUCAGUUGUAUGGGCAGUCAUGACGUAUGAGGUUGUGCUUUGCCUGCAUUUACCAUGGGCAGAGACUGGGCACGGCGGUAAAAAGAACGUUCAGGGGUAUGUGCGACUUGGGAGAGUUAGAUUUGGCAAGUGUUAUGUUGAGUAGAUCAGCAGUAGAUGGAUAUGAGGCAUGUUACUGUAAAUACCUUAACUGGUUGCUAUGAGGGGGCGGGUGACGUGAACAGAUGAAUAUUGGGAAAAAAAAACUCACAAUAGAGAAUUACAGAUGGGGAAAAAGUGCUGAGUAGGAUGUUGAAUAUGAUGCUAAGAAUGUUUUUUUUUUCUUUUAUUUAGAUUACAGCAUCUAAGAUACCAGCUUCUGUCCAUUACGGUUUCCUAUGAGAUUACAUGUAAUUUUUCAGAAGCUGCUCACAUUAGUUUUUAGUUCCACCUGGUGGCCAAAUUCAGUAUAGUGCAGUUG